ACAUCCGCGUUUCUUCGUACGGAAAGGGGAAGAUAACUGUUGCAUAAAACGAAAAUCUCGCUGGUAUCUGAUGCAAGAAGUCUUGGAACAGCAUUUCGUUACUUAUAAGACGUUUGAAUCCAACCAUGGACAAGAACGAUAUCCUGUCAUAUUUUAACAAGCUUAUCAACGAUGACCCAGAUAUUUCUGCUGCUGUUGCUGCCAUCAAAACUCUCCUGAAGUUCAUUGAAGCAAACAAAGUGGAAACUCUGUCGGAGAUGAGGGAACGUCUGAAGGAUGCAAUCAACACCCUGACACAGACUGACAGCAGUGUCACGUCCAUAUCAUCAGGCUGUGAGCUGUUUCUACGCUUCAUCACACUGGCAAAUCUCCAACAUUCAGAUUUUCAAGAAUGUCAGAAAAUCUUGGUUCAGAGGGGAAACAUGUUUCUGCAGAAAGUGGCCAGUUCAAGACAGAAAAUAGCCAAGAUUACUCAUCCAUUCAUCACAGACGGAUCUACUAUCUUGACUCACUCUCGGUCACGGGUGGUGCUGCAGGUGUUGCGAGAUGCUGCUGCUGCGCGCCGUCGUUUCAAGGUGUAUGUGUCGGAAUCUCUCCCCGACAAAUCUGGUAUUGAGACCUGUGAGGAGUUGUCUGCCCUUGGUAUACCAACCACAGUUGUCCUGGAUGCAGCUGUAGGGUAUGUGAUGGAGAAGGUGGACCUGGUCCUCAUCGGAGCUGAGGGGGUGGUGGAGAGUGGGGGGAUAAUCAACAAGAUUGGGACGUACACAAUGGCUAUCUCAGCCCAGGCAAUGAACAAGCCAGUGUAUGUGGUGGCUGAAAGCUUUAAGUUUGUGAGGCUAUACCCCCUCAAUCAACAAGACAUGCCCAACCAGUUUAAAUACCAGUCAUCUACCCUGAAGUCUGGCCGUGACCUGAGCAAGGAGCACCCCCUGGUGGACUACACGCCUCCAGCAUACAUCACCCUCCUCUUCACCGACCUCGGGGUCCUCACACCAUCAGCUGUCAGUGAUGAGCUCAUCAAACUGUAUUGCUAGCAUCAUGUACUGGGGGAAAUAAAUAACAAUGCUGUCUUGUGAUAUA